AUCUGGAUAAUCUGAUGGUAGGUUCUUAUACCAGGAGGCGUUAAUCUGCAGACAAACAAUUGCGAUGGGGGAUUCAUACGCAAAAUAUGAGACGAGGCAGCGCAAUCCCGAGCCACACGAUGCAGUCCUUCUAGUUAUAGACAUGCAGCUCUAUUUUCAGGGCAUGGCCACUCCCAUUAUCCCCGCAAUUCGGCGCACGAUCGAAUGCUGCCGAGCCCAAAACAUUCCAGUCGUUUACACUCGUCAUUGCCACAAAGAUCCUUCUGACUACGGUAUGCUUCAAGAGUGGUUCAACGAGAUCAUUCAUGAUGGCACUCCUGAAGCCGAAAUAAUGAGUGAGGUCGAUAAGAAGGCGAACGACAAAGUUAUUGACAAGCGCACCUACAGUGCAUUUCAUAAUACUGAUCUGGAGAAGUACCUUCGAGAUCAAGGAAAAUCAGAAGUGAUUGUUACGGGAGUGACGACGAAUGUUUGUUGUGAGACGACAGCCAGGGAUGCUUUUCUGAGAGGGUUUAGGGUUUUCUUCUCGACUGAUGCCACUGCGAGCUCAAAUAAAGACUUGCAUGAUUCUGCACUCAAGAAUUUGGCUUUUGGCUUUGCUUAUCUUUUCGAUUGUCAGAGAUUGGAAGAUGCUUUCGCUGCUAAAGUUUCUGCUUGAAGAUUUGCUAAAUCCAGGGUGUCGUAAGUUAUACUGUAUGUAUUAUGUUUGCUUUUGGCUUGCUAGCUGUGUGAAAGCUUUUGCUACGAUCACAAGAUCAAUGCCUAUCGGUUUGUGUAUAUAAAUAUGUUGCUUUGUGUAAUUCUGAAUUUAAGGGUGAUAAGGUCUUGACGAGGGCAAACAUGCUAUAUGUAAGAAAUAUAUGUACUGUAAAAUUACAUGGGAAGAAAAUACAGAACUUACUAUUAUAAGCUU